AUGAUAAAAGGGAUAUUUUUUAACAGUAAAAAUAUUUUUUAAAGUAAUUCAAAACUUUUUUAAGUAGUAUGCACUUAUUAGUAUAGGAAAAAAACUAUUCCUGUUCCUUACCCUUUCUAAGAAAGGUUUGAUGUAUUGGAUGGAUAAUACUUAGUCCCUAAGCCUCCUCUCAAGCCCUUAAGUGCUUAUAAUGUUUUCACAUUAAUGUAUAUGAGGAUUAUUAGAGAAAAUUAUCCAAAUGAACCUACAUCAGUUAUAUUAAAAAAACUUAGCAGUUUAUGGAAUGAUGAUGAGUUUAUGAUAGACCAUAAACUAGAAGUGCUAAAUUUGAUUAAAUAUUAAAAUUAUUAGUAUUACAAUGAAAUGCUUUAUUAUAAAAAGAUUUAUGCUAAACCUAAAUUGCCGCUUUCUUCUUUUCAGAUCUAUUUAAAAGAAAGAUAUAUUUAAGUUAAAGAAGAAUUAUAAACUUCAGAUAUUGCCACUAUCACGUAGCAUGUUACUUAUGAGUGGAGCUAAUUGACUGAAGAGUAAAAAUAAGAAUAUUAACAAAAAUAUAAAGAUAAUAUUGUAUAUUUUAAAACUGCUAUCUCAGAAUAUGAUAACACCUUUAGAAUUCCUAUGAAGCAAUAUAAAAAUAUAUAUAAUUUAUUUGUAAUAGAAUAAUAUUAAGGUAAAAAAAUAAAGUUCAAAAGCUUAGAAGAGCACUAAAAGUUUACUAAACAAUUGCAAGUUAUGUUUAAUUAGCUAACACCUUAAGAAAAGCAAUUUUAUGAAUAAAAAAAAAUACAAUUAGAUGAACAAAUAAACUAAGAAGCAGAAAAAUUCAAGAAAUAUUUUGAUCUAUCAGAAUAGGAUUACUAAGAUAUAUAAAAAUUAGUAAAAUCUUAAUCAAAAAUCAAAGAUAUAAACGAAGAUCCUCAAAUAGCCUUCAUGUGA